CAACUCUUUUUAGUACAGUUCUAAACAACAUGCAGUGCGGGACGACCGCGAUUCUGUGCUGCUGCGUCGCGGCGAUCGUCGCGGGUCUUCCGGAGCGGUACGGGAAGCCGCCGGUGGUGCACACUGGGCUUGGGAGUAUUCGGGGGUCUGUGCUGGAGACGCGACUUGGGCAGAAGUUUUUCGCGUUUCGAGGGAUCAGGUAUGCGGAGGCUCCGACGGGAUCGCUGAGGUUCCGGGCGCCGCGGCCGGUUUCGCCGUGGAAUGACACGCUGGAUGCGAGUGGGGAUGGCCCGAUGUGUCCCCAGCCGGCGAUCGAUGAGAGUGACGUGUCGGAAGAUUGCUUGCGGUUGAACGUGUACAGUCGGGUUAUUCCGGACGAGUUGAUCCGGAUUCGUCCGGCGGACGUGCUGGUCUACCUGCACCCGGGUGGAUUCUACGCCUUUUCCGGUCAAAGUCACAACAACGCCGGACCGCAGUACCUGAUGGAUCGCGACAUUGUCCUCGUGACGAUCAACUACCGGUUGGGAUCGCUCGGGUUCAUGUCCACCGGAACCAAGCACUGCCCGGGCAACGCCGGCCUCAAAGAUCAAGUUCUAGCGCUCAAGUGGAUCCGCGAUCACAUCUCCGCCUUCGGAGGCAACCCCAACUCGGUGACCUUGAUGGGCUACAGCGCCGGUGCGUUCAGCAUCACCCUGCACUUGAUCUCCCCGAUGUCCGCCGGACUGUUCCACCGGGCGAUCGUUAUGAGCGGAGCAACCACUAGUCAAGUCCACAUCCCCAACCACCAACUAGAGCUAGCCCAAAAGCAAGCGAUCCUCCUGAACUGCCCAAUCACCUCCACACCAAAGAUGAUCGACUGCCUCCGUCAAAAACCAGCCUCAGACUUCGCCAACUCCCUCCAAUCCAUGUUCAUGAUCGCGUGGAACCCAAUCCUGCUCUGGAAACCCGUAAUCGAGCCCGACUUUGGUCAGGAGCGCUUCCUCACCCAAGACCCCACGGAAGCCUACCUCAAGGGAGAGUUCACCAAGAUCCCGAUCAUCGCCGGGAUCACGCGGGACGAGUUCGCCGGCCCGGCCGUAAACUUCCUGCGGAAUGAAUCGCUCCGGAUGGAGCUGGACGAAGGGUUCGAAGCGUUGGCGCCGGUGUUGUUUCUGUACGAGCGUGGCACGAAGGAAUCGACCAGGGAGAGCGCUGCAUUACGGGAUAGAUUCCUCGGGAAUGAGUCACUCAGCUUGGAGCGAUCGCUGGAAGGGUUAAGUCAGCUCUUUGCCGACAGUCUCAUUGGAUUUGCGAUGCAUCGCUUCGUCCAGCUUGCCGCCCGCCACACCACCGUCUACCAGUACAAGUUCUCGUACGUCGGUCGGUACAGCUUCUUUUACUACCCGAACGCAACAACCCCGUACGGAGUGGUCCACCACGACGAUCUGCUUUACUUGUUUGCGAUUCCAUCAAAGGCACCUAUAUUCAAUGAGACCGAUCCGGAAAAUGGCACCGUCGAGCGGCUGACCCGGAUGUGGAGCGCAUUCGCCAAAACUGGAGACCCAAAUCAAGCGGAAAUGUUUCCGAAGCCCAACUGGAUUCCGGUCAGCAUAAGUCACGACAACUAUCUGGUCAUCGGAGACGGUCUCUCGAUGGAGGAAGGUCUCUACACGGAUCGUUACGCGUUCUGGGACCAAUUGUUCCCUCUGCCGAGCAAGUGGUAGUGUCAUUUAAGUUACAAAUUUCUAUAGCCCAAUCAGCAACGUCCAAAAAUAAAGCUUUAAACUUAC